UUCAUGUUUCUCUCACUCUGACUCCUAUAAAUUAAAACAGCAUUCUCUUUUCUUCAUUCCUUCUUUCAUUCAUUAAUCGUUCCAAGCUUUUCAGGACUUGCACUUAUUCCACCCUUCUUCAUCAAGCUAUUCCUUCUCUUCCCCAAUUUUCUUUUUGCACUCUUCAAAGAACACUUUGCAAGACAAAAGAGAAAUGGCCUCAGACCAGUAUUUAGAGGAGGAUGUUCCCCAAUUAGAUUCCUUCGAAGAUAAAUCAUCUCUGGAAACAUGGAAAUGUGCCAGUGAUGAUACUGCAGAUUCUGCUGCUAGAAAUGCUUCUACUGGCUUUGAUUGCAACAUCUGCCUGGAGUGUGUGCAAGAUCCAGUGGUCACUCUUUGUGGUCAUCUCUACUGCUGGGCCUGCAUUUAUAAAUGGCUUAAUUUCCAUGGUGUGUCUUCUGAAAAUGAAGAGAAGCAACAAUGUCCAGUUUGCAAAUCAGAAAUAUCAGAGUCAUCCCUUGUUCCAUUAUACGGCCGGGGCCAAACUGCCGUACCUUCUACCAAAAGCAAGGGCCACCAAGUGGGGAUUGUCAUACCAAGAAGACCCCUUGGUCCUUCAUGGAUGGCUAGCUCACCAAGAUCACUUGAUUCUGCAACUGUUUCCCGACCUACUUCUCAUGUUUAUCAUCGCCAUUAUGGUAAUCAUCCUCAAUUCAACUCCAUUCCAGGCAGUUAUACUUCACCUGUGUUCAACACAGGUGGUUCACCAAUAAAUGCAUUUGAUACAUCAUAUGGAGUCUUUGGUGAGAUGAUAUAUGCAAGGGUCUUUGGAAACCAGAUGACAAACAUAUACACAUAUCCAAAUUCAUAUGAUGGUUCUGGGAGAACUAAUCCAAGGAUCAACAGGCAUAUAAUGCAAGUUGAUAGGUCACUCAGUAGAAUCUGUUUUUUUCUCCUUUGCUGCAUAGUUUUGUGUCUUCUCUUAUUCUGAAUGCUAUUCCGUAUUUUUUGAGCACUACAUCCUAGUAUAGAGUACAAGCAGUUUGUGGCUUCUGCUAGAUGCACAAUAUAUUUUAGAGAAGUUGUUCAAUGGUGAGAUAUUUGUAAUUAGGGAUCAUUUGGGUACAUAAGUGUUUAUUAAAUAAAUGCUUAAAAUAUAAGUGUUUAUGCAUAAGUUGUAUCGAUAAUCCUCAAAUAAGUUGGUGGUUGGUUUUGGUCUAAUAUGAGGUUGUGUCUCAACCUAAUUUAAAUUUUUUAUUUUCCAAAAAAAAAAAAGAGUUGUAUCUAUAGUCAAAGAAAAAAUUUAGUCAAACAAUUGACUAUUCUUUU